AUGAGGAUUGCGGGGUUCCCUGGAGUUGUAGGAACCAUCGAUGGCACCCAUGUACGCAUCAUUGCUCCAACUGUAAAUGAGGAGACCUACAUCAAUCGAAAAGGAUUCCACAGCAUCAAUGUUCAAGUCGUAUUUGAUGCCAAUUACAAGAUCCUCAAUCUUGUGCCAAAAUGGCCAGGGUCAACACAUGAUGCUCGGGUUCUUUCCCAGAGUGGCCUCACUGGGUUAUUCGAACAAAAUUAUGUUCGCCCUGGAUGUCAUUUGCUGGGAGACUCGGGUUACCCUUUAAAACACUGGCUUCUCACCCCUUACAGAAGACCUCAAGGAGAACAGCAGCUCAAUUAUAACAGAGCACACAAAGUAACACGAGCCGUGGUGGAGAGAGGAAUUGGACAGCUGAAGAGAAGAUUCCAUGUCCUUCAUGGAGAGAUUCGACAUUCACCUGAGCGUGCUUGUCGCAUUAUUAAGGCUUGUGGCAUUUUGCACAAUAUUUGCAAAGCUCGUAACCUCCCAUUGCUUGAUGAUGAUGAUAAUGAUGAUGAUGAUGAUGAUGACGAUGAAAAUGACGACCAUGGUGAUGAUGACAAUGAUCAUGAUUAUGAUGAGAAUGAUGACAAUACCACCGAACACACAUUACAAAGCAUUUCGGGGAGAGCAUCAUUCAGGGACUGCUUUGCUAACUCACAUUUUGGGGACUCAAUGUCAUCCUCAGUGGCUGCGCCCUGUGCAAAUCCAGUGUCUUGUGAGGCAGAAGGCUCAUCUGGAGGACACACGGAGAUGUCCUGAGAUGAUACAGGAGAAGAUGCAUCUGAUGGACCGGCUCCAGAAUUAUCCACACUACAUUCACAUGCAGAAAAUAUUAAACAGUGCAAACAUGUUUAUUCAAUUCAUUGUGGUGACUGAAAUACUAUCAAUUUAUUAAAAAGACACAUUACA